GAGGAAGAUGGAGCGGAGCCUGGCGCUGUGGCUCGCACUGCUGAUGCUCCGCGGGGACACUUUGGGAACCACCAAUGAGGAGUGCCUCACUGGGCGCUUUACCGCCAACGGGGAGUGCUGUAAAGCCUGCAACCUUGGGGAAGGAGUUGCCCAGCCCUGUGGGAUCAACCAAACCGUCUGUGAGCCAUGUCUGGACAGUGUGAGCUAUUCAGACACCAUGAGUGCCACGGAGCCGUGCAAGCCAUGCAAGGAGUGCGUGGGCCUUCAGAGCAUGCUGGCCCCCUGCGUGGAGUCAGACAACACUGUCUGCAAAUGCAUCUACGGCUACUACCAGGAUGAGGAAAGCGGCGACUGCAAAGAAUGCACCGUCUGCGAAGUGGGCUUUGGUCUUGUGUAUCCCUGCAGUGACAAUCAGAACACGUUCUGCGAGGAAUGCCCCGUGGGGACCUUCUCGGAUGAUGCCAACCACGUGGACCCCUGUUUCCCUUGCACCAUUUGUGAGGAGAAUGAGAUCAUGAUCAAGGAAUGUACCGCAGGAUCAGACGCAGAGUGCAAAGAGAUUCACCCACGAUUUUCACCAACAACCACAUUCCCGAUGGAGUCCAACACCGACGAUCCAGAGCCAGAUGAAGCAGACUACAAUACAGAGAGUUCUGAGAACCCCCUUCCUUUCACAAAUGAUCCCAGUGAAGUGGAUGGUUUCGGCAGCACAGUAGCUGGCACGGCAGCCACGGUGAUGGGAAGCUCUCAGCCCGUCGUCCCAAGUGGCACGCCGGACAACCUCAUCCCCGUAUACUGCUCCAUCUUGGCGGCUGUGAUCGUGGGGCUGGUGGCAUACAUUGCUUUCAAGAGGUGGAACAGCUGCAAGCAGAACAAGCAAGGUGCCAACAACCGCCCUGUUAAUCAGACACCUUCGCCGGAAGGGGAGAAGCUCCACAGCGAUAGCGGCAUCUCGGUCGACAGCCAAAGCCUCCACGAUCAACAGCCCCAGACGCAAACGGCGUCCAUGCAAGGCCUGAAAGGAGAUGGGAACCUCUACACCAGCCUGCCAGCCAACAAGCGAGAGGAGGUUGAAAAGCUGCUGAAUGGAUCCACAGAGGAGACAUGGCGUCACUUGGCGGGCGAGUUGGGCUACAAGGAAGACCACAUAGACUCCUUCACGCAGGAGGAAUACCCAGUCCGCGCCCUCCUCUCCGACUGGUCCAGCAAGGACAGUGCCACCAUGGACGCCCUUUAUUCUGCCUUGCGUAAAAUCCAAAGAGGGGACAUUGUGGAGAGCCUGUAUAGCGAGUCCACUGCUAGCUCGCCAGUCUGAAGCAGAGAGAAGGGGUGGUGGUGCACCAGGUGGCCCCCCCUGGGAUCACCCCACCUGUCCUCACUGGUGCCUCUUGGGAGAAAACAUGUGAAGGAAAAACAGAGCUUGCUCCUCCCCCUGAUGUCUGGGGUCUUGGAGCAAUCCUCUAUACAAUGACUUGAUUGUUGUUCCUCUUCCCCAUCUGAGUAUCUUCACCCAAUACCUCUUGCUGAUAGCAGACUGAGGGAUGCUAAAAAAAAGGAGGAAGGUAACUGGAGUGGAUUUUUCUUUCUUUAUGAAAUGUCUCCUGAGAUGAAUAGCAGGGUUUUGCUGUCUCUUGCUAAAACAUAGGGUGAAGAACUGCAUCCAGUCAAUGCCUCUCUUUCAGGUGCCUCUCUGAUAUCAUCGCCCGUCCCAAUGUGCUUCUUUGCUUCCAUUCGAUGUCGCUUCUCUUUCUGCACUCUCACCCACUUCUGUUCAGUCACCAGCUCUUCUCUUGAACAUUUCCUCAGCCAAGAAGUAGAAGGAAGCUUGGUGGGAGAUGUGGCAUGACUCAAAGAUGGUGGAAAGUGGAUGAGUUCCGCUUAGGAGAGGGAAAGAGCAAGGGAACAUUUCAAAAAA